AUGGGUGCCGGUGAACCAUUAACAGAGUCCGAAAAGGCCAACAUUUUAACACUAAAAGAUUAUAAUAAUAUGACAAAUCGACAAAUAGCGAAGAAAAUUGGUCGAAGUAAAAAUGUGGCUGGAAAUUUUCUCAAAAACCGUGAAAAUGAUGGAAAAAAUUACGUGACAGGCCGACCAUCGACAAUCGCAAGUGGCCAAAAACACCGUUUAAUCCGAAUCGCUGGCAACAGUUUUAAAUCUGCUCGUGAAUUACAAAGUGAAAAUGAUUUACCAGUUGGUGUUCGACGUGUUCAACAAGUUUUAAGUGUGCAAUUACCGACGCUUGAUGUUGACGAUGAUAUUGAUGAUGAUUUCCACGUUCCCACAUCAUCAUCUGGCACAAAAGCUGCCAGUAACGUUCCCACAACGUCAUCUGGCACAAAAAGAUCAUCAAUGGUCCAAGAACAGUUGAAAAAAUGCGUUGAAAAAUUACCAAUCAAUCAACUGUGGAAAGAAUAUGAGAAAGUUUUUGGAAUGUUAAAGAAUCAGGGCCCAAACCUGGGUGACAAAGGCCAUAAACUCGAAACAAUUUGUGAAUUGAUGCUGCAAAGAAUCAGUAAACAAAAGCGGAAAAAGCCGGAAUUGUUACCGAAUUUUGUGAUAAACGAAUCGAGUGUUCAGUUCUGUGAAGAAGAGUUGAAUUUAUUGAACAAAGGCCUAAAAUUCACUCCAAAACCAAUGAAAAUUCCUCUGCUCGAAACAGUGGUUGAUAUUGAAACGACCUUGAAGUACAAAGUGCCUUCAAUACAGAAUGAUAUUCGAAAAACCGCUGCAAAAGUGAUCGACGACAGUGAAGUACACACAUCGGGUGAAACAGAAAAACAACAUCGAAUCAUUGGAAAUUUAAAGAAGAAAGAUGUUGUGUACGUAAAGGCCGACAAAAGCAACAGUGUUGUUAUUUUGGAUAAAUGUGAAUACGAAAGACGCGUGCUCGAUUUAAUCAAAGAAUGCAAUUAUAAACAAGUGAAUCGAAACCCACUCAAUAAAAUGAUUCGGGAAACUGAUGAAUUAAGACAGAGAAUUAAAGUUGCAUUCAGUGAUAGAACACGUAGAGCAUUAAUCGUGUCGAACCCCACUUUGCCGAAAAUGUAUGCUCUCCCCAAAACACACAAAGAAGGAAAAAAGAUGCGACCCAUUGUAUCAAAUAUAGGGGCUCCAUCUUAUAAACUUGCCAAAUGGCUGGUGGCAGAGUUGAAAAAAUUGCCAAAGUGGGAAAGUUUUUCGGUCAAAAACACAUACGAUUUUGUGGACAAGGUCAAAACGGUGAAACUGAACCAAAAUGAAAUCAUGACAAGUUUUGACGUGUCGUCGUUAUUCCCGAGUGUUCCGGUUGACAUAGCACUCGAAGUGUUGGAAAAUCAUUUGAACAAUUUGGAUAUUGACAACGACAAACGACAGAUUUAUAUUCAAACAGCUAGAUUGUGCAUGAAACAUAAUUUUUUUCAAUUCCGUGAUAAGGUGUACAAGGUAGAAUUUGGUACCAACAUGGGCAACCCGCUUAGUCCCAUUAUCGCGGAUUUGUUCAUGUCAGCGUUUGAAGUGAAUUUAAAAAGACAAAACUUGUUACCGAGAGUGUGGCAUAGGUAUGUGGAUGACGUGUGGGCAGUGAUAAACAAAAAUGAGAUCGAAAAUGUCUUAGACAUUUUAAACAAGCAAGUCGAGACCAUCAAUUUUACGUAUGAGACAGAAAAAGACGGAAAAUUACCGUUCCUAGAUUUGGAAGUACAAAGAAUUGGCGGAGAUUUGGAAUUCGCAGUUUAUCAUAAACCCACAAGUACGAUGCGCACAAUCAAAAGUGAUUCACACUGCCCAAUCCAGCAUAAAAUGGCAGCGUAUCAUUCCAUGGUCCAUCGUUUAUUCCGUUUACCAUUGAAUAUUGCGAAUUUUCGAAAUGAAUGCAAGCACAUAAAAGAGACGGCGCGUGUGAAUGGUUUCGAUGUGGAAAUAGUGGACAAAUUGAUUUAUAAACAUGGAAACAAAGUGAGAAACAUGAAUCUCACCACACUUUUUUCACAAAGAGACAGUCCGGAAAAACAGAGAGUUUCAUUUGAAUUUGUUCCGAGCAUAACUAAUAAACUGAAACAAAAAUUCAUCGAAUAUGGAAUGGAAAUUGUGUUCAGAAACGAUAAUAAACUAUCAAAUCUGUUAGGCUCAACGAAAGAUAAAAUUGAACCACUGAAAAAGUCCGGCAUUUAUACAGUGACAUGUAGUGAGUGUAAAAAGGAAUACACGGGACAAACAAAACGAAGCAUUGAAAAACGUUUUGGUGAACAUUGUGCAUGCAUUCGUCUAAAUCACCCGAACAAAUCAGCUGUAGCAGCUCACGUUCUGAUAGACGGCCACACAAAUGUAAACAAAGACUGUGUAAAACUGAAAAAACAAGUGAACGACAGCCGUCGGCUUGAUGCGUUAGAAGCAUUCUACAUACAAGCGGCCGAUGCAAACAACCAAUCACUACACCAAGACAGGGGCAACAUUGAAUCGUCACUGUUUGCCAAAGUCAAGUGA